CGGUUCAGCCAAUCACAGUGCACGUCAUUACGAUUGGGCGUCUAGCGAGCGAAGCAUGCGCAGUUAACAUGUCUCCGUGGAAGGUGUGUGUUCCUGGUGAAAGAUUGUGUAGCACGGAAGUCUGUAAAGCUGGAAGUGGGACCUACAUUCGACACAGCUUUAUCUUUGCCUCUCUUGCAGGCUAUGUGGUAAAGAAGAAUGAGGGAGAAGAGCUGCCAGUGAUCUCAGUGGCCAGAGAAACAGAAGCCCAGCUAUUGCCUGAUGUAAAUGCAAUAGUAACAUGUAAGGUGACUAGUAUUAACCCACGGUUUGCAAAGGUUCAUAUCCUCUAUGUUGGCUCAACCCCUUUAAAAAAUAAAUUCAGAGGAACAAUAAGAAAAGAAGAUGUAAGAGCUACAGAAAAGGACAAGGUGGAGAUUUAUAAAUGUUUCCGACCUGGGGAUAUUGUCCUAGCAAAAGUUAUCUCCUUAGGUGAUGUGCAGUCCAACUACCUUCUUACAACGGCAGAGAAUGAGCUUGGGGUUGUGGUGGCACAUAGUGAGGCAGGUGUGCAGAUGGUGCCAAUCAGCUGGUGUGAAAUGCAGUGUCCUAGAACUCACGCAAAAGAGUUUCGGAAAGUGGCACGGGUACAACCUGAAUACUUAAUGCCAUAAAAGCCGAACUGCUUGGAUAAUGCUGUGCUAAUGAUUGUGCUUUCAUUGUGGAGGAUACAAAAUGAUCAGCCUAACCUGACACUUGAUCUGCCAUUUGUGACAAUAGUUUACCUGCUUGUUAUAAAGCUGGACUAAAAAAAGCCUGCGAGAAUGUAUUUCUGAUCAGUGAGGUCCAAGCGUGUGCUGUACGACCAAUGGCUUGACGCAGUUUUCCUCAGUAAUGAUGCUGAAAUUCAGCUUUACUAUUGAUUAUGGAUCAGUUAUUUCAUUAUUUAAUAUUUGUUUCUAAAUAAAAUGAAAGUCAACA